AUGUCAGCUGGAACUGUUGUUAUAACGGGAGGAAUUCUCGCCGGGGUGAUACUGCUGUGCAUCAUAGCAGUGCUCUGUUACUGUAGACUUCAGUAUUACUGCUGCAAGAAGAAUGAUUCCGAGGUGGACGUCGGCUCCGUGGUGGGGGGGGACGCCCACUCUCAUUUCGCCUGCAACGCGUGCAGCGCCCUGGCAAUGGACGGCGCGGCCGUCACCCCCGUCUCCCUGGGUCAGCUGGACACGGGGCCCGCCUCCAGCUACUGUCCCACAUGCUCGCCGCGCUACCUCCGCCCCGGCCUCACGGAUGACAUGCGCAACGGAGGGGAGCGGCUGGGCUUCCACACCUAUUACGAGAACCCGUCUGUUGCUCUCCCCCUGUCGGGCAACCCACAAUGCCCCGCCCCUCUGAGUUACUACAGCCCCACGGACAUGUUCCCUCCUCCCCCGCGCCCCUACAGCACCCAGGUCUGA